AUGACACCACAAUCAACAGUUUGCUAUGACACCACCAUCAAGGAGCUCUUCAAUGACUUUCUGGUCUACAGCACGGUGGUGAUGUUCCUGCUUUUUGUCCUACCGUUUGGGGUGGUGCUGGUCUGCAGCGGCCUGAUGGUGAAGAAACUUCUUGAUCCCGGAGAUCUCAGAGAACCAAUGUCACAGCGUUCCAAACAGAAGUCGGUGAAGAUGAUUGUUGUUGUGCUCUUGGCUUUCAUUUUGUGCUUCUCGCCUUUCCAUGUGAACCGCAGUAUAUACUACACCUUUCGUUACCUGGACAAACAUGUGAGCUGCUCGAUGCUGGAGGUGGCCAGCAUGGCCUACAAGGUCACGCGACCUCUGGCCAGCGCCAACAGCUGA